AGCGCUGCAUCCGUCCGCACCGCAGACGUACCCGGACUCUCACCUGUUGAGUGCUGAUACCGCUCUUCUCGGCCUUCCCGUUGGGCUUUCAGGUUGCCUGUGCUCUUGAUCCCUGAUCACCAUGCCAACCCAGCUGGAGAGCGCAAUGGAUGCGCUUAUUACCGUCUUUUACAAUUAUUCCGGCAAUGACGGUGACAAAUACAAGCUGAACAAGGGCGAGCUGAAGCAGCUAUUAAACAGUGAGCUCACUGACUUUUUGACGUCUCAAAAGGACCCCAUGCUUGUGGAGAAAAUCAUGAACGACCUGGACUCCAACCAAGACAACGAGGUGGACUUCAAUGAGUUUGUGGUGUUGGUGGCUGCCCUGACGGUGGCCUGCAAUGAUUUCUUCCAAGAACAGCAGAAAAAGAAAGGGAAAUAGAGAGUGAACUCACGUGUAGUAGUAAUGUCCAGCAGUAGUCCAACACGAUGGUAUAUGUUUGGUAAUGUGAUGUGACAUGGUACAUCAAUGUAGUCAUGAGGGAUGUAGAACAAAUACGUACUUCAGCACACAUAUAAUUGCUGGUUAUAAAUGCUGCUUAUAAAUUAUAUGCAGAAGUAGCUAAUUUUCAUCUUUGUGGAUUUAGUGAUUUUUUUGUUCAUCACAAACAUUGAUUACAAAGGUGCCUAUACUACAUUUCAAAUUCUUCUGACUGAAUUGCAUUUUCUUGUUGCACCAUUAUGGAAUUGUUCCCAUCCAUCCCGUUUUAUGUUUCUAAAAAAAACAUAAACAAAAUACACAACACACUAAACCAGGGAGCUGUGUCCCUAGAACAUGUGGUCCAAAACAUACCAUUUAAGUAAUUAGUCAAAAAUGAUGGUAUAGCAGAACAGGCAUUUUCAUUUCAUUCAUUUAUAAAUAAAGGAUGACAUAAUUGUUAACUAAAGAAAAUACUAGCAUAGUAUACAAUGACACCCUCAUAUGAGAAGGUGUCUUAGUGCUGCUAUGUUCAGCAAUGUUUUAAAAUAUAAUUUUAAAUACAUAUAAUUGAAAAUGAUUGCGUGCCCCUAAGAAUACUGACAUGUUUGUAACUCAGCACCUGUAUGCUUAUCAUACUGUAUUUUUCUCUCUACAUUAUCUCAAAAUAACUUAAGUCUAAACUGUUGUUGUAAUGUUAUUUUUUUGUUCCAAUAAACUAUUUUGUGCGUGAAAUA